GUCGACUCGACGAUUCGUGAAUGGAUUCAGGGUUUGUGGAGCGUUAAUCCAGUAGAUGCCACCGUGGCGACAGGGGCCAACAGCAUGAACCAGCAGUAAGAUCUUGAGUGCAGAGAGCAAAGAAAGACAAAAGGAUACUUUGUUUACAGGACCUACAUUUUUCAAUAGAAUACCGUGGUUUGAGACCCCCCAUCUGUCACCAUGACGUCCUCUAUGCUGCGUCGCCAACUGAAGAACUUGGUCCAGAACUUCUCUGAGGCCGAAGUCAAGGUGAGAGAGGCUACCUCCAACGACCCCUGGGGCCCCUCCAGCUCCCAGAUGGCGGACAUCUCUGACCUCACCUACAAUGUGGUGGCCUGCAACGAAAUCAUGACCAUGCUGUGGAAACGCCUCAAAGACGACAAGAAUUGGAGACACGUCCACAAGUCCCUGACUCUGCUGGAGUACUUGCUGAAGAUGGGCUCAGACCGCGUGUUGCUGAAGUUGACGGACAACGUGUACAUUGUAAAAGCCCUCACUGAGUUCCGAUUCACAGAAAAGGACGGGAAAGACCAGGGUGUGAAUGUGAGGGAGAAGGCCAAGGUGGUGCUGGCUCUGAUGGAGGAUGAAGAGAAGUUGAAGGAAGAGAGGGAAUCUGCGCUCAAGACCAGAGAGAAGACUUCAAAGAACGCAGCGGCCUCGUCGACCGAUCCAAUACAGGACCCCAACUACAAGCCUGUGUACGUCCCCGGGGCAUCUGGCCUGCCCUCUUUGGACAACAUUCCGUCAGUGGCCGACCUGGCCGCCAGCUUUGCCGCCAAGAAAGAGGCGCAGCGAAAAGCGGAGUUUGAGAAGAAGGAGGCGGAACGCAGGGGCAAGAUGACUGAGGAAGAGCUGCAGUGGGAGGAUGCAGCCAAGGAAGACAAGCCCAAGGCAACGGAGGCCUGGGGAGGGCAGUCUGAAGAGGAGAAGCCAGAGAGCAAAGACCCUUGGGGAGCGCCGACCAAAGAGCCUACGGAGAGUCCUGAUCUGUGGGGCGCACCAUCUGAACCAGGCUCUGAGGACGCCUGGGGUGCACCUUCCAAACCAACUUCGGAAGAUGCCUGGGGAGCACCAUCCAACGCCAAAGCUGAUGGUCCUGAUCCGUUUGCAGCGCCGAAAGAUGAUUCGUAUCCAUUUGCAGCGCCGAAAGAUGAUUCGGAUCCCUUUUCAGCCCCUAAAGAUGACACAUUUUCGACACCAAAAGAUGGUCCAGAUCCUUUCUCUGCCCGAAAAGAUAGUUCAGAUCCCUUUUCAGCUCCAAAAGAUGACCCGUUCUCUGCACCAGUACAGAAAAAUGGUUCAGAUCCCUUUUCAGCUCCAAAAGAUGACCCCUUUUCAGCACCAGCACCGAAAAAUGGUUCCGAUCCCUUCUCAACUCCGAAAGACGAUCCCUUUUCAGCACCCGCGCAAAAAGACGGGUCGGAUCCCUUUACAGCAUCUAAAGACGAUCCAUUUACUGCUCCGUCCAAAGCUCCUAAAGACAGCGGUGCAGAUCCCUUCGCGGCACCACCCAGCCCGCCCAAAAAUGAGGCAGAUCCAUUUGCAGCCCCGCCCAGUCCUCUGACCGCCGAUGCAUGGGGCGUGUCCGCCGAUGCCCCCGCUGCCUCCGACCUCUGGGGGGUUCAGUCUGAGCCUCUGCCAGAGAAGAAGGCUGAUCCUUGGGACGCUUCCCCCACUGCCGACCUCUUCGGAGAUAACUCAAAGCCAGAUGAUGACCCUUGGGGAGCUCCAGCACCGGCCGUGCCUCCCAGCGGUGACGCGUGGGGCUCAGCAGCGCCCCCUGCAGAGACAUCCCCCUCAGACGACCCCUGGGGAGGCGGGGGGACCACCACCACAAACGCUGCUGCCUCAGACCCAUGGGGGACGCCUAGUAAUGGCACAGAUGGAGUAGUGUUGGAGGAGGAGCCUAACAAGCCUGAGUCGUUCCUCGGAGCAGGGGCGUCGCUGGUGGACAUGGACUCUCUCCUUUCCUCCAAACCCAAACCCAAACAGCCCCCUCUGAAUGCCCUCGCCUCGCAGAAAUCCACAGAGGGCGCUUUACGAGGCCCAGGCAUGGCUGGUCCCAUGGGCAGAACCAUAUCCAUUACAGGGGUAUCUCCUCCUACAUUCCCCCUACAAUCACCUCCCAGCCCUUUUGGUUCUACCCCUGAGUUUUAUGGUAUUAAACCUGGUCCCUGUUUUGAACCACCCAAUCCCAUGCUGAGGCCUACCUUCUCUCAGCUAAUGCCCCAACCCUUUGGAGUUCCUCAACCUAACCUCACUAUGCCCCCCAUGAGACCUCAGAUGGCUCCCACCUACUUUGGAGCCGGAGUGGUACAGCCCUGUGACGUUGGGGGGGUUCCUCAGGUUGGACACUUGGGAGCUUCCACUCCUCCAGUAGGAGGGGGAGUUCCUGUGCAGCCCCACCUGGUUUUUGGCUCAGGGUUGGGUCAACCUACUCAAAAGAAUAACAACCCCUUCCUGUUUUGAGAACUUCUGUGUACAACUAGAACCUACCCUGCUCGCCUCCCUUUUACAAUAUGUACACCUAUCAAUCUAGUAUAACAAGUCUGGUUUAAGUGUAUGCAACAAACAUGUAAGAUGAAAAAACCCGAUGAGAGACUAAACAAGUGUUUAUUAGAUUUUUUUCUGAAGAAAAUAACCCAUUCCAGUUUGGUUUUGUUGAUUUUUUUUUUGUUGUGUUUUUUCUUUUCUUGAUGACUUGAUGGUGCGUCUGGGAACCAAAGUGUCUGCUGAAGCCAGUUAGUGUGUCGAUCUGUUCCUCACUCAGGACGGUAGUUUAAGAGAGAUGAAAGGUGAACAUGACCGACCGACCAGGUGUAGACCAGAAUUAACUAACCAGGGUCAUGUGAAGGAGGAGGUGGGAUAGCAAUAUUGCAGGAAAUGUGUGUUUGUGUGAGGGUGUUUGUGCUCUUUUUGUUACUAUGAUGGAAGUAUUAUAACAGUAUGACAAUACAGCUGUUGAUAGUACAGCUAAUAUUUAUUGAUCAAUUUAUUUAUUAUUAGUUUGUGAAUUAAUAUUUAUAUAUGUAUGUAUUCAAGGUUUGCACACACAAGUAUAUAGUUGGUUGUCUUAGUUCAUCUCAAAUCAAGAUUGGCAUAAUCUUGGCAUAAUCUUUACAACAUGAUUAUCAUAUUUGACAUAAUUAUCAUUAUAUUAUGAUUGUGAUAUCAUAAUUGUAAAUACAUUAUCAGCCAACAAACAACCAAUGGUGGCUUUAUCCUCCUUUUUGCUUAAUUUUGUAUACACUAUCAGUUCUUGUCCCUUUAAAGACAGGCACAUUCUUGAUUGAAAAUGUAAGAAUUUUUUCCAUAUGCAUGCGUUCUGAAUGGAUCAUAUUCUGUGUUUAUAAAGUAUCAUAGUGCGAGGUCUUAACGGUUUCGUCAGAGACUAUCAAAGAAGCAGCACUCUUAUCAUUUGGAAUUUGUAGAACUGGAUGUGUUCAUGUCGACCAGAAGUGGUGUUUUGCAUACUGUAUCUCUGCAUCCCCCUCCUCAGCCUCAAACACAGGGCAGAUACAGUUACUGCGAAGCGAACCGAGAAAUGAAGUGGAAUGCACAAGUUUAAUUUAACUGAAUUAUAGUGUACAUGGAUUACUAGAAUAGUAUUGGUUAUCAUAGCUAUUAUACUAUGAUUUCAUUUUGUAUGAAAUAAAGAUGAUUUAUUUUAUUGUGUAAAAGUUAAGGCUGUGUUGUGAACUGUGACAGUACACAUUUGAGAAAUAAAACUAUUCAA